AUGUUGGGUCGAUCAAUCAUCAAUCAACGUUCAAAAGUUUUAUCUUCUUGUCUAAAUAUAUCAUCACCUUCCUUUACACCCAUCACCACAAGAUCACUAUUUACAACUACAACAACUACUACUGGUUUAAACAAUAGAUCAUCAUUAUCAUCAACAUCAUUGAUAUUGAAAAGAAAAGAAGAAUAUACAUUUCAAACAAGAAAUUAUAAAAGAUCAUCAACAUGGAGUAAUAGGGAAUCAAAAGAGUCUGCCUCUUCUUCUUCUACUUUAGAUGAAACGAAACAACAAGUAUUACAAUGUUCGGCUUACUGUAUUAGUAAAUCUAUACAGCGAAACGUUUCUGAUCUUCCACAAGACUUUUCACUUGACAAGGUUUUCCCAGUGAGCAAUGUCAUGUGGUUAAGAUAUGCAAAGAAUACAAAUGGAAAGGUUGGUGGUGACGUCUAUAUCUUUCCAUCGUUUGGUUGUGUUGUAUUGUGGGGUAUUCCAACCGACGCCAAGGACACUCUGUUUACAUGGCUCAAACAGUAUAGUGUCGAUCCCUACUCACCCGAACACGACACCUUUUCCUAUGUCGAAGGUCAUUUGGGAGGAAACACAAAGUUUGACAUUGAAUCUAGAUACAAAGAACUCAUUACACUGUCAUCGUCACACACUGAACGUUUCAACGAGAUGUUUGCCACCUCUUAUGCAUUGGCUCAAUCCGUUCGACUCAACCUCAUCGAAGCUCACGUCUACAAACUUGCUCAAAAGGUUGAAAAUAUACCAGAUGAACUAGCCAAACAUGGUACCAUUGCCCAUUUUUCAAAAAGAGAUAUUGUCAAACAAUUAGGUGAACAAAUGAAGAUUAGAAACUUUUUAAAUCUUCAUACUGAUAUUAUUGAUACUCCAGAACAUUUUUGGGAACAUACAGAAGGAGAAGGAAUAUAUAAAAUAGCAAGAGGACAUUGCGAGAUUGACAAACGAGUUAGAAUCAUGAAUGAACGUCUCAACCUAAUUAGUGGCAUCUAUGACGUUAUCAAUGACGAGAUGAAGCAUAGUCACUCCAUCAGAUUAGAAAGAAUUAUUAUAGCAUUAAUUGCCAUAGAGGCUGCUUUGGGUUUGGCAAAUUGGUAUUCCCAUAUUUAA